AUGACAACUGCACCUGGUUCCAGUGCUGUACGGCCGGCGGGAGAAAACGACGAUUCUGUGCACAUCGCAUGGAUGCAAGAAGCGAUGAAAAUGGCCGAGGAAGCCCUCGCUGCGAGUGAAGUUCCUGUCGGGUGCGUUUUCGUCAGGGACGGCAAGAUCAUCGCCAAGGCUCGCAACCGCACCAACCAACUUCGCAACGCUACCAGACACGCCGAACUCGAAGCCAUCGACGCGAUCCUCGCCGACCGCGAGCUGACACCAACGGUCACCGACUACCCCCUGUCGGACACGACGCUCUACGUCACCGUCGAGCCGUGCAUCAUGUGCGGGUCCGCCCUGCGUCAGAUGGGGAUCAAAGAAGUAUUCUACGGGUGCGGCAACGAACGGUUCGGCGGGAACGGGAGCGUGCUCGGGGUGAACAGCGCGCUGCCGCACCCUAAGCACCCAAGCUACAGAUCGACGGGAGGGUACCUCCGCGAGGAGGCUAUCAUGGUCUUGCGCCGUUUCUACAUCACGGAGAAUGCGAACGCUCCGGUGCCCAAAUCAAAAGCAAACCGCGUCUUGAAGACAGAAAUCAAACACUGA